GUCAGAUCAUUUGUGCUACAGAAAUUGUAUUUAUGUAUUCUACAGUUUUUGAAGACAAUGUAUGGUCUGCAUAAAGAUGCUGCAGUGAACGAGUGCUUUUCCCGGCCGAACACCUAUGGGUGAAACAUUUUCCAUGAUCAACUGCUGCAGACGAGGCAUUUUGCAGCUCGGACUGUUGCAACGGGCUGUUUCCUCCCACCACUGAUUGCAGCAGGUGUGCAAACCUGACAGUUUGCCCCAGCACAGAAAGAAAGCCUACAGGUGCCUCUCUCUAAUGUAACCCACUCUUUGCUCACAUGUUUUUGUUUUAUUUUUCUUCACCUGACAACACUCUUUUUUUUAACCCCUUAUGAUUUCCUUCCACUCAAAUAAGGAAUAAUGUACGCAACAUUUAACCUCUCCACCUCUGACCGCUCCAACCUGUCGGACGCAGACUACCUGAGGCUGCAGGAGCUGACCCACCGCUCCGUCAAAAUAAGCAUCAUCAUCGUCCUGGGAGUGAUGAUCACUUUGGGCAAUAUUGCAGUGCUCCUGGUCAUCACCUCCUCCGUGGCUGGCUGGUCAAGGAACUCCCGCUACUUCCUCCUGUCUCUCACCGCGGCAGACUCCGCGUUCGGCUUGCUGGUCAUGCCCCUGAACCUCUGGGUGAGUCUGCUGAAGGACUACAGCGAGGGCCCGGAUGCCCUCUGUCAUGUGGUGGCGUUUUGCAACGCCACCGUCUACUCCACCUGCAUGUACACGCUGGCCACCAUCAGCCUGGAGAGGUACAUCGCGGUGUUUUACCCGCUGCAGUACUCCACGCUCAUGACCAGAAAGCGGACUCUGCUCCUGAUCGCCUUCGCCUGGUGCUUCCCUCUCGUCUUGCUCUCGCCCAUCACCUUCCCGGACGGCAUCAUCGAGGUGCACUUCUCCAACGCGUCGCUGGUCUGCAACCCGUCCUACUCCACGAACGUCGCCUACACCUUAAGCUUGACCUGUUUGAUAUUUUUCCCCUGCUCUAUGGUCAUGACGUAUGCCAACCUGCGGGUGUGGUGCGCGGCCAAGAGGCAGAGGCUGAAACUGCGCAGGUACGGCUGUGCGCUGCGCAGCAGGCACAACGUCGCUGCCAGAGUGCUCGUACCUGUGAUGGCGGCCUACUACACAUGCUGGACACCCUGCAUGGCGGCUAUGAUCUACAAUGUCUCGGGGAGUAGCGUACCAGAGUGGGUUGAGUUCGUCGUGGUGUGGCUCCCGACCUCCAAUGGUUUCCUCAACUGCAUCUUCUACUUCUGGAUAAACAAAAACUUUCGCAGGAAGUUCUACCUUAUUCUGCAGAGGCUGGCUCUGGCCCUCUGUCCUGAACUGGCAGACACCUUUGGGUGGAGCACCACUUCAUCGGCGCAGUCCAUCUCAGGAAUCUUCGGCAAUAACAACAUGGUCCAUGAGCGCUCCUCCAGCGUGUCCUCCACCUGCACCUUGCUGAGCUUGGCUUAACACCUCUGACCCCAGAAAAAAAAGUGCAGCCAAGGACGUGGUCAGUGACCUGCAUAAUUUUAAAGUCAUUGCCUAGUUAUUGGUGUUUUAACAAACUAAAGCACUGCACUGCAAAUGGUUUGAAAUUCUGAACGAUUCUGACGGUGACAUUUCAGGGUGAAAAGGAAAAUCAGCACCAGCAUAAACUGUAUUGUUUUUAUACAUGUUAUUUCCAACUGAAAACCGCAUUCAGCUGAAAGGGGCAAAUGCUCCAUUUAUAACUGAUUUGGAUGAGGUUAUUUUUCUCAAAGAUGUACCAUUGCCAUGAUUUGAUUUAUAAUCCAAGAUGGCCUCUUAAACCACCUUUUUAGUUCUUUUAUAGCUAGCCAUCAAGUUUGUCUGUGCUACAGGUAUGCCUGUCAUUAUUCUGCACACACCUCUUUUUAAUGCGUCAACCUGUAACUUAUCACAGCACAUUUCGAUCGGUCCAUAUUUGUCAUUUAGCUCAUCAGAAGAAAUUGAUAUUUAGGCCCCUUCUCAUGUGAAGAUCUUUGUGAACGCUGCCAGCAGAUUUCAAACACUUUGAACUACUGAGGCUAUCAACCUUUAUCCGUUUCAAACUAUUUGACAUAUACCAGCUAAGAGAAGUUAACCUUUAAGUCACAGCAUUUCGGUGCAUGCAAGGAGAAAAGUAAUUAAGCGCCUGGACCACAGAAAGGUCACCACGUUCGUGCCGGUAGGAGACAACUUGUAUUUGGAGGAUUUUGGGCGCAGAAUCUACAUAAUACAUCUAGAUGGAGGAAUUGCAGCUUUGUGUGUUUUUGUCUUUGAAUAAAGUUUUGUCAUGAUGGUUCAUUUUUGAGUUGAAAAAUUUUAUACGUUUAUUUUAAAAUUCUGCUUGGUAUAACAAUCAGUGAAAAUCGGGUGAAAAAAUAAUGAAAGAAAUGAUUACUUUCAUAUAUGUUUCUAAAUUUGCUUGUACACUUGUAAUAUAAAGAAAAUAUUGGUUUAAGAAUGUGCAAAAUAAAGUAUGAUGCCUUUGAAUUAUGUGUGUGAAUUGACCGAUGUAGUUUUAUUUAAUGAGCAUUUGGCAUGCACUAUAAACAACCCCUCAUAUCAUUGUGGCAGUGUCUUGCA